UUAUUAUCAAAGUGCAUGAAAGUUUAUCACUUAUGCUUCUUUAUUUCUUUAGGCUGUAACUCAGCACUGGACCUAACAUCCCAGAAAGCCACAGAUGCAAUGGACAAUAUCUUUAAGUUGCUCAGGGAUAUUGCGAGAGCUCGAAUGAAUAUGAAGCAGUUUAAUUCUAUACAUAAUCCAGGCAGCAACACCAAUCAGGCUUCUUACAAAUCACUGCUAAAACAGGUGGUGGAAGAGAUCUGCAGUGCUGAUCGACCUGAUUCUGUUGAUAUUGAGCAUAUGUCAUCAGGCCUCACUGAUCUACUUAAAACUGGAUUCAGCAUGUUCAUGAAGGUGAAUCGCCCUCAUCCUGGUGACCAUCCUCUUCUGAUCAUCUUUAUGGUUGGUGGUGUAACAGUGUCUGAGGUCAAAAUGGUGAAGGAUCUGGUAGCAACACGCAAACCUAGUACUCAGGUAAUUGUGCUCUCCUCAGCACUCCUGACACCACAGGGUGCUAUUGAGCAGUUGUUUGCAGCUGAUCAUCCCCAACCUGAUCCUGAUAUCUGACGUGGGAGGAUCCGUGGAGAAGAUUGAUGGCUGCCUUGGCUGGAAGCAUCAAGUCCCUGGUUUGUCACUGUUCCCAACAGCCCUUUGAAAAGCAGCAUGUCCCCUACUGUACAGCUGGGUACUUCACUGCAAGAGAACUGUGCAGCUCACAGGGGGCUCCUAAAGCUGGUCCAUUUGUCCUGUACCACCUUCUCCUUAAGGGUCACACAGCGUGGUGCUGAAUCACCCCCUCCACUCAGCACCCACGAGGAUGAUUGCCUGUAAUGACUCCCUAGAAUAGAAGCAACUGAGAACAAGGCAGGCUGAAUGUGCACUCCCUGAGCAGCACUUUUCCCUGCAAGUAAUGCCAGUGUUUUUCUGGAGUUGAUUCUGCUGGGAAAUGCUGCUGAGGGAGGUAAAGGGUAGCAAUAUCCAUCUCUCUGCCAUGUCAUCUUGCCAAAGACCUGUGUGCCUUAUACAGUAUUAACAGCCUCUGCUCAUUACACUCAGAGAGGGACCGUGGAGCACAGCCCCAGUUCAGCUGGCAGAGCAGCUCCCAGUGCAGUGAUGCUCUCCCAGCCACAAUAGAGCAGCAGGAUGGAGGGCUGAGUUACGUGGUUGUUCCUCUCGCAGGUUUCCAUUUCCUGCUCUAGUUUCUCCACCCACAAUCCCAAGAGAAAAGGCUGUUUCUGAUGGCACACUUCUCUGCAGUUUAAUACAAGGCGGACAUAUGGGCUGUGAUGGGGUGAUGGUAACCUUGGAAGAAUCCUUCCCUCACAUGCAUUUAAAAAAGAGGGGGAAAAAAAGCAUGUUCCCAUUUUCAAGAGGCCACUGUGACAGGUUUUUUUUGAGCUAGAUUUCUGAACAGCAUGAUAAGAAAGCAGCUUUUAUGUUUCAUUUAUGAUAAUGAAAGAGCUGCUAUCACAUUCAGUUCUGUAAUUUUUCUUUAUAACAAAUUGAUAUAAUCUUAGAUAAAACAGCAUUAGCCAGUAGAGACUGUGAUUGUGCGUAGCACAAAAUGUUCCAAAUUGCAACAUAAAAUGGUGGAGCUCUGAAGCUGCAUCCUCUUGGUUCAUCUGAGAAAGGCUAAGACUACAGCUCCCACUAAGAAUGAGAAUGUCAAAUUGUAUAUGAAGUUUGCUUGAACAUAGCAUUCUUUCUGAUGUCAAAGGAAUAGCUUAAAUAGGAAGUAGCUCUUUAACCUUUGUUUAGUAGCCUGCUUAAGUUCUCUUAAAUGUUUAUAAUGGUCUCCAGAAAAGGCUGCAUUUUGUUUAAAUUCACUUUUGAGUGGCUAGAAGGAAACAAAGGACCAACUAUAAAGCAUGGACAAUGUUGCCUCUAUGAAAGAACAAUUUAUAAGAAUGACUUUAGAAUGGAACUUUGUGCUGUAAAAAAUGAGAAAUAUUAUGAGAUUGCAAUGUUAAAAGCUCAAGAAAUAUUUUGAGCAGAACAGCUUGAGAGCAAAUAGCCUUUCUCUGCAUUUCCUCUUCUUUCUAUAUCAUUUAAUCUUAGAAUAUAGAUGUUUUGUGAAUUAUGUAAUCAAUAAAGCAGUGCUUUUGCAAUGCUCA